CGAAGAUGUUUAGCCAGCACAACGGUGCAGUUGCUCAGGGCCGCCGGCUCCAGUCGCUGCUAAUCGCAGCCAUACUCACCGCCUCAAUGGCAAUGGCCACGCCAGGUGGUGGCACUGCUCACCAGUUGCUGCCCCCCGGGAACCACAAGCUCUGCGGCCCCGCACUGUCCGAUGCCAUGGAUGUGGUGUGUUCCAAUGGCUUUAAUACGCUGCCAAGGAAACGUGGAAGCCUGCUGGCCAGCAACAACGACGUGCAAGGGGACGAUGAUGAUGAUGGCAUGUGGCAAACACUGGACGGGGCGGGCUACUCCUUCAGUCCGCUGCUGACCAAUCUGUACGGAUCCGAGGUCCUGAUCAAGACACGUCGCCACAGGAGACACCUGACCGGCGGCGUCUACGACGAGUGCUGCGUCAAGUCCUGCAGCUACGAGGAGUUAGCCACUUACUGUCUACCGAAAUAGGACGCUUGGCCCACCCACCCACUCAUUACCCACAUGCAUACACAUACGUACCCUUGAACAUGGCAUUCCCACAUACACAUGUACACCCG